CCUCCCCAAGGGCACAACCCCCCAUUCCCACACGGUCCGGUCCCAACCAAUGGAACCAAUGCGCGCGUUACAUCCUCCAACGCGGCCUCAGCUCCCCACGUACGAUAGAUAGACAUGGCUCGAGGGCAGCAAGCAGCCCAGGCAGGGCAAAGCGCCCACCGCGCCGGCGAGACGAGACGGUCGCGUUCGGCCGUGCAUACGAAACGCACAGCUCAGCUCACCACCACUCACAGGCGCAGGCGCGCGCCCGCGCCUGGCCCCCAGCCGGCCAAUCAGUCUGCGGGCCUGCGCGCUGCGCCAGCAAAGCAUAGCAGGGCAUUAGCACCAACCAAGCGCGAUAAACGAAAAAUAAAAAAAUGAAAAAUAAAAAUAAAAAUUUAAAUAAAAAGAAAAGGCAAUGCCGAGCGCAGAGCAGUGGCAAGCCGUCAACGGCAGAAGAGCAAACACGGGUGCGCGCAGCCCAGC